AUGAACCCGCUACCACCUUGUGCUCUCAUCUCAGCCGCCACCACCCGUUUCUCUAGAUUUUUGACCAAUAGAGCCACCGAGCGUAGCAAUGUUUAUUUUCCGGUGAAGAGCAGUCAAUGGCGUGACUGUCGGCUAGCUGUCACCGCCACCACUAGUAUAACUCACAUUUCUAUUGUUUCGGUCAAGAUUCACCACUAUGGUCGGAAACCCCGAGAAAACCACCAAGGUUGCCAACCAUGGUGGCUGUCGCCACUAAUUUCUUUUCUGCUACCCUUAGCCGUAGUGUAUGGGUGGCUAUUUGCACAAAAUAAUGGAGAUAUUAUGAAUCCUGGAACUGCUAGAACAACAAAUGUUUACUACAAACAAAUCAUGGCACUCUCCAUGAAGGGUUAUCGAGUGAUUUCUGUUGAUAUUCCUCGUGUUUGGAACAAUCAAGAAUGGGUUCAAGCAUUUGAGAAGUUUUUAGAUGUUAUUGAUGUCCACCAUUAUGUCCUAACAGGAAUCCCAAAUGGUCCACAUGAACCAUUUAUUGCUGAUUCUGUGGACUUUGUGUUGCACAGGCUGAUGGGUAUGGGCUGGAAAACGACAUUGAGGAGGCUAAGUUGGCUAGCCUCAACUCCAUACUCCAUGGAGACUAUUGGAUCACUGCCCCGUCUAAUGUCAGGCCGAAUUACGUUGGAGUGA